AUGGAUUUGGAAGCACCGAAAUUGGAAGAGCUAUCACAAAAGGACACGAACAUCACACAGAGAGCCCAUAUCACGGCACAACUCGAAAAGGUUAUCAGAAAAGUAAAAGUAAACGCGACGAAAGACAAUCCUCUAAAUAUUAAUACGAGGACUGUGCAUUUUAGAUGGCCUCAAAACGAAGAAACUUAUGCAUCAGAGACGAAACAGGAGAGAAUAGGUCAACAACAGGAUCAACAAGAUGAAGAGCAACAAGACGAAUAUCAACAAGGGGCAAAGAAACGAAAACGCACAAAUAGUGCGAGUAAAAGAAAAAAUAAAGAAAAAGAGGAUCAGGAUAAGGAAGGAGAUCAAGAUGAGGGUCGACUUGAAGAAUCGGGUCAGUAUGAAGCGAUGGAUACUUUAAAUAUAUUUGGAAACGACAAUUUUAGUGAGGGAAGUAGUAAGUACUGGGUGGCCAGUGAAACAUUAGAGAAGAGGAUAGAAGAGGAUAUCUUCAUCGUCAUCACCACACCGAAUAUUCCACAUUGA